GCGUGCGCAAUAGGUCCAGAGCACGUGUGGUCGAUCGACCACCCUUCUAGAGUUGUUGCGCAAUCAGUUUCCUUUUUCGACGGCCGCUUUCUGGUGGUUGACAAAGGGCUGUAGGAGCGGCGGGGAGAAGAAUCUGCCAAGAUGGUGAACUUCACGGUAGAGCAGGUCCGUGCCAUCAUGGACAAGCGGUCCAACAUCCGCAACAUGUCCGUGAUCGCUCACGUGGAUCACGGCAAGUCCACGCUGACCGACUCGCUGGUUAGCAAGGCUGGAAUCAUUGCCGGGUCUCGGGCCGGCGAGACGCGGUUUACCGACACUCGUAAGGACGAGCAGGAGCGUUGCAUCACUAUCAAGUCCACUGCUAUCUCUCUGUACUAUGAGCUGAGUGAGAAAGAUCUGCAGUAUGUGACGCAGGAGAAAGACGGGACAGGGUUUCUUAUCAACCUCAUCGACUCGCCCGGCCACGUGGACUUCUCCAGUGAAGUGACAGCUGCCCUCCGUGUCACCGACGGAGCCCUCGUCGUCGUGGACUGUGUCAGCGGUGAGCUGCUUUCUUUUCUCUCACUUUUUUUGAUCUCUUUCUCCUCAGUCAGUUAGUUCUCCCUUUCUCUCUCUGCCUCGUAUAAAUUUAGCUCUAUUGCUCUCUUUGUCUUGUGUUCAAGUUGUACAGGCAAUACAAAUUGUAAUAGUACACUGUGUGGAUGUGGCGGUUCUGUAGAUCCAGCUGACUUCAUGCGUCAAACAUUUCCAAAAGCAGGAUGCUAUCUCCCCCUCCUCCCCCUCCUCCUUCUCUAUCUUCCUGUUUCCCCCUUCCUCUCUCUUUCCUCUCUCCCCACCUCCUUCUCCUUCCCCACUCUGGCACUCCUCCGACAGGUGUGUGCGUCCAGACUCAGACGGUACUACGACAGGCCAUCGCCGAGAGGAUAAAGCCCGUGGCGUUCCUCAACAAGAUGGACAGAGCUCUCCUGGAGCUCCAGCUACAGCAGGAAGAUCUCUACCAGACCUUCCAGAGGAUCGUGGAGAGUUUGAAUGUCAUCGUGGCUACCUACAAUGAUGAAGACAGCCCCAUGGGGAACAUCAUGGUGGACCCCACGAAGGGAACGGUGGGGUUUGGCUCAGGUCUCCACGGCUGGGCCUUCACUCUCAAACAGUUUGCCGAAAUCUACUCGUCCAAGUUCAAGAUUGACCCGCCGAAGCUCAUGAAGCGAUUGUGGGGCGACCAGUUCUACAGCCCAAAGGAGAGGAAGUGGAACAAGACGGGGGGAGAGGGGUACGUCCGAGGGUUCUGUCAGUUCGUCCUCGACCCCAUCUUCAAGGUGUUUGAUGCCAUCAUGAACUUCAAGAAAGACGAGACGGCCAAGAUGAUUGAGAAACUGCAGAUCAAAACUCGACUCUGAGGACCGCGAGAAGGAGGGGAAACCCCUUCUCAAGGCCGUCAUGAGGAAGUGGCUGCCGGCUGGCGACACCAUGUUGCAGAUGAUAACCAUCCACCUCCCGUCUCCUCUCACGGCCCAGAGAUACCGCAUGGAGCUCCUCUACGAGGGUCCCCAUGACGACCCCUGUGCCAUCGGCAUCAAGACCUGCGACCAAAAGGCUCCGCUGAUGAUGUACGUGUCCAAGAUGGUCCCGACGACCGACAAGGGACGUUUCUACGCAUUUGGUCGCGUCUUCUCUGGGAUAGUUGGCACGGGGAUGAAAUGCCGGAUCAUGGGACCAAACUACACCCCCGGGAAGAGAGAGGACCUCUUCAUCAAACCUAUCCAGCGAACCAUUCUCAUGAUGGGCAGGUACGUGGAGGCCAUCGAAGACGUUCCCUGUGGCAACAUAGUUGGACUGGUGGGUGUGGACCAGUACCUCAUCAAGACUGGAACAAUCUCCACUUACGAACACGCCCACAAUCUACGGGUGAUGAAGUUCAGUGUGUCGCCAGUUGUCCGCGUUGCCGUGGAGGCCAAAAACCCGUCUGACCUGCCGAAACUGGUCGAGGGGCUCAAGAGGCUGGCCAAGUCAGACCCCAUGGUCCAGUGCUCCAUUGAGGAGAGUGGAGAACACAUAGUUGCUGGUGCUGGUGAGCUCCAUUUGGAGAUAUGUCUGAAGGACCUGGAGGAGGACCACGCCUGCAUCCCUCUCAAGAAGUCAGAUCCAGUCGUCUCAUACCGCGAGACAGUCUCAGAGCCCUCCUCUCAGAUCUGUCUGUCCAAAUCUCCCAACAAGCACAACAGGCUGUUCAUGACGGCCGGUCCAUUGCCGGACGGACUGGCCGAGGAUAUUGACAAGGGUGAGGUGGCCCCUCGUCAGGACCCCAAGGUGCGAGCCCGGUACCUGGUGGAGAAGUACGAAUGGGAUGCGACCGAGUCUCGAAAGAUAUGGUGUUUCGGACCCGAGGGGACGGGACCGAACCUCCUCAUGGACGUCUCCAAGGGAGUCCAGUACCUCAACGAGAUCAAGGACAGUGUGGUCGCUGGGUUCCAGUGGGCCACUAAAGAGGGAGUAUUGUGUGAGGAGAACGUUCGUGGAGUAAGGUUCAACAUCCACGACGUCACGCUCCACGCCGACGCCAUCCACAGAGGAGGAGGCCAGAUCAUCCCGACCGCACGUCGCGUUCUGUACGCCUGCAUGCUGACGGCCGCCCCCCGUAUCCAGGAGCCAGUCUACCUCGUCGAGAUUCAGUGUCCUGAAGCUGCUGUGGGCGGUAUCUAUGGUGUCCUGAACAGGAGGCGUGGCCACGUCUUCGAGGAGACGCAGGUGAUCGGGACCCCCAUGUUCAUCGUCAAGGCCAACCUCCCUGUGAAUGAGUCAUUUGGAUUCACAGCUGAUCUUCGCUCCAACACCUCAGGCCAGGCCUUCCCACAGUGCGUCUUCGACCACUGGCAGAUCUUGCCCGGUGAUCCCUUUGACCCCACCACCAAGCCAGGGAUUGUUGUCACGGACACCCGCAAGCGGAAGGGGCUGAAGGAGAGCCUUCCCGACCUGUCCAAUUACCUCGACAAGUUGUAGUGUUGGGGACACAGGGAGAGGGAAGCCCCUGUUUCUAUGACACAAUCAUCAAGUGGAUCUAAAACUUGUAAUAUUAUGUGUACAUGUGGCAUAGGAUGAUGAAUAGGCUGUAAUUAUUAUCAGAUGUGUUAAUGUUAAUUUAUUCUCUUCAUCCCUUUGAUAUGUAAAAAAUGGUAGCAACUAAAUGUUCUCGUUAAAAAAAGCAGCUUUAAGAAGAAAAAAAACAAGGGAUUGGAGGAUUGUGUAACAAAAAAUUUUUGAGGGAGCGGGAUAAAAUGGGGCU